UAUAACGCCGUGAUUGGGGGUGUGCGCCUGUCCCUCAGCAGUGUCGAGUGAGGUGCACGGAGCAGCCGGCGACCGUUCCUCCGGGAGGUCGCGAGGAGUCUCGGGGGUCCCGCAGGAGCGCGCGGCACUGUGCCGGUCAGUCACCGCUCCGCCGGCGCGACGAUCGCUCGCCGCCCGCCGCCGCCGCCGCGACACACCACCCAUGUGAUUCUGCUCUCCUGGUACCUAGCGACCGAGUGCGAUGUGAUCUUUCAGCUUUCAGACUAGUGAUUGUGACCGUUGUUGAGUGUUUGUGACUUGGUGAGCUUGCCCCAAUGGAUAUUCAUGGUGAUGCAGCUUGAGAGGAAGUUUCAGUGAAAAUUUCAGAAGAGCGUGUACCUUGCCUUCCCUCCCGCUGUAGAGAUGAAGGAAAAAGGUUGAAUAACAUACAACACGCACGGUCCACGUUGAAAAUGAAUAAUGACACUCAGCCGCGGGCCGUGUGACCUGGACAACAUGAGUCUGUUCCAAGACCUCAAACUGAAGAGGCGGAAAGUGGACUCCAGAUGUAGUAGCGAUGGCGAGUCUGCCGCUGACACGAGCACGUCGUCGCCGGACCCCGGGCCGCCCUCGCCGCGCAUGGCGGAGGGCGCGUGCAGCUCGCCGCCGCCGCCGCCGGUGUUCGCCGGCGCCCCCUCCCCGCCCCCCUGCCACCCCACCGUCAUCCGCUCCGCGCCGCCGCCCUCCGUCAUCAAGUUCGAGGGCACCCCGCACGCAGUCAAGGCGGAGAACGCGGCGGCCUACAAGCAGGUCCCCACGCCGCAGCCCUCCCCGGUGAAGCUGGAGGCGGCGCCGCUGGAGCUGCCGCAGCCGUACCGCCCCCGCGCGCCCGCGCCGCACCCCGGCAACCACGUGCUGGGCCCCGCGCCCUGGCCGCCCGCCGCCUGCCUCAACGGAGUCAAACCCGAGCUCAUCGGAGGACACUUCCCCUCGCAACCCCUCGAGCCGAAGGGAGCGCGCGGCUCGACGCAAUGGCGCGGCGCGCCCGCCGUCAUCAUGGGCGAGUCCGGCGGAGUGCGGACCAUGUUCUGGACGCUGCCGGCGCCGUCGCCCGCGGGCGAGCCCUCCCCUAGCGCGUCCCACACCCCGCCCACGCCGCCGACGCCCGACCCGGCCAACUGCAGCGAAGAGAACGCCGCGCGACUCCUCCUGAACCUUGGCGGCGAGCUGCGGCGGCAGCGCGGGCCGCCCCUCAACAUGGAGCUGCUGUGGGCUGGCGACGUGUCGCAGCUGCCCGCGCACCAGCAGCUGCACGCGCUGAACCUGAGCGCGGCGGCGGGCGGCGCGGGUGGCGGGGCGGGGGGCGCGGGGGGGAGCGGCGCGCUGGCACUGCCCCGCCCGGAGCUGCGCGCCUACGCGCCCGAGGCCGAGCGUGACGAGGACGACCAGCCCAUGAUCUGCAUGAUCUGCGAGGACAAGGCCACCGGCCUGCACUACGGCAUCAUCACCUGCGAGGGCUGCAAGGGCUUCUUCAAGAGAACGGUGCAGAAUCGAAGAGUAUACACCUGCGUCGCUGAUGGAGGCUGUGAGAUCACCAAAACACAACGAAAUAGAUGUCAAUAUUGCCGGUUCAAGAAAUGUAUUGAGCAAGGAAUGGUAUUACAAGCUGUCCGUGAAGACCGGAUGCCGGGAGGUAGAAAUAGUGGAGCCGUUUAUAAUCUUUACAAAGUGAAGUACAAGAAGCACAAGAAAGCGAAUAAGACUGCAACCGCCACGAGCAGGGCGUCGCCUCCGGACAAGUCGAAGGACCCCGCUCUGCCGCCCCUCCCACCUCACUUGGUCAACGGGACCAUUCUUAAGACUGCCCUCACCAACCCUAGCGAGGUGGUACACCUUCGCGCGCGGCUAGAGAGCGCGGUGUCGUCGUCGCGCGACCGCGCCGUGCCGCUGGAGCGCGCGCUGCACAUGAUCCGCGCGCUCAUCGACUGCGACGCCAUGGAGGACAUCGCCACCGUGCGCCACCUGCCCGACCUGCUGCACGACACCUCCGAGAUCGGCGACAAACUCUGCAAGAUCGGCGACUCCAUCGUACACAAGAUGGUCGCGUGGACCAAGAAGCUGCCCUUCAUCAUGGAGAUCCCCAUGGAGAUCCACUCGAAGCUGCUGAUGGAGAAGUGGCACGAGAUCUCGGUGCUGACGACGGCGGCGUACCAGGCGAUGCACGGCAAGCACGCGCACGCGCCGCCCUCCGCCGACCACGAGCAGGACUUCAUGCAGGAGGUGAACGCGAACCUGCGCACGCUACAAUCCUGCCUGACCUCGCUGAUGGGGCGGCCCAUCACGCUGGAGCAGCUGCGGCUGGACGUGGGGCUGGUGGUGGAGAAGAUGACGCAGAUCACGUGCGUGUUCCGCCGCAUCCAGCUGCGCAUGGAGGAGUAUGUGUGUCUGAAGGUCUACAUACUGCUUAAUCAAGAGGUGGAGCUGGAGGGCAUCCAGGACCGGUAUGUGCAGGUGCUGCGCAGCUACCUGGAGCACGCGGCGCCGCACCACCCCGGCCGCCUGCAGGAGCUCUUCGCACGGAUACCUGAGAUUCAAGCAGCAGCGAAUCUGUUAUUAGAGAGCAAGAUGUUCUACGUGCCGUUCGUGCUGAACUCCGCUGAAAUUAGAUAGUAUAUGGCCCAGCAGGGCGUCUAGUUCGCGAUGUACCAGCGCCCGGGGCUGCGCCGCGCCGCCGUCUUAUGAUCGUCGCACCCGCCAGCAUGUGUUCACGCGGCCGGCGCCGGCGCCCGUUCCUAGGCGGCCCGCAGGGAGCCGCCACACCGCCCGGCCCGCCCGCCCGGACUGGAACGGACCGGGCCGGGCCGCCGCCGGACCGCCGGACCGCGCCCGCUUCACUCAUCCUCGUCCACGCGCAGUGACCGUGCGGUAUCAUUACAUACUCUCAUCUAGACAAUCCAUUGUGUGUUUUGGUUUAUGUCUACUAGAAGAAAUAAAACGUCCCAAUUGACAGACUGAUAUAUAUUAAUAGUUAUUUUUAAACGUAGUUUCGAGGGACUUGAAUGCGUGUUUUAUACGUGGUAGUGUACACUACAUAAUGUUAAAUAGAAUAAAUAAAAUAUAUGCUACUAUUUAAUUAGUCAGUCGAAAAAAUCGCAUAAUAUAUAUUUCUGUACAUAUAGACUGUAAUUUAUACGAUAGGGUUUAAGAUGUUGUUUUAGGAAUAGAUGUUUCUACUUGUAUCUAAAUGAAAUAUUGCUGUCUUAGGUUGCAUUUUAUAUUGUCUAGGGAGGCCUCUAGUAGGUUACUCACUGGAGUGUAAUAAUUAAAUUUACAAUUAAUUUUAUAUGACUUGUUUGUUUGUAAGUAGCACUAAGUACCUAUUCUCAGUGUUUACAAAGACUGCUUGUAUACAACUGUACUGUUUAUACACUAACAUAAUCUUUAGACGCGUGCGUGCACGCUCGUUCUCAUAGUCACAACUUAUGCAUUUUUAUUGCCAAUACAUCUCGUUAGUAACGACCCACUCUCCUCACUCUGGUCUUAACUUACUUUAGCUGUUUCCGUGUGUCGCGUGUGCGUGCAUGUUGCAUUUGUCUCCGCGUGACGUCACGCGCCCGCAGCUGGCCCGCACUCGACUGAUCCCGGCCAGCCAGGGCCCCUCUGACGUCUAGCCUCAUUAUAACUUGACUUAUUUCCUCUUCCUUACCGCAAUUGUGUUCAGAAAAUACGCUCAAUGCACAUAAUGAAGAGAUUGAUAUUUAUCUUACUCUUAUUUUCUUCCCAGUCUUAUUUUAUUCCCAGUAAUUAUUCUAAUUCCGUCUUAAACAUAUUAUAAUGUCGUGACAUUUGUAUAUAAUAUAUAGAAACUUGCACCAUGGCAGUCGAAACUGAACGGUGUAUAUAGCAAAUUAACACCAACUAUCUUUUAUAUUUAUACUACCUACUUUCUAAUUAAUAUGUAAUUAUGAAGUAAUUUUUAAUAAAAAUCUAUCUGCAUUCAAAACUAAUAUAGUUAAUAUUUUUAAAUUUAGUAAAACUAAAAACAGACUUUCUGUAACCAUCACUGUCGGUAAUCACUGCCUUCUAUUGUAAAGUUAUUUGCCGUUAUAUAUUGUUAACACCGUUUGUAUUAAUGUUAAUGUUAUUUGUAAUAAACGUUCCGGCAACGGUGAACAGUUACCGUAGAUAUAGGAAGGAUGAGAUAUCCUUGAAUUAAUUAAGAUAUUACAACCAAAAAGUUCGUUCUAGGGACUUAGGUUCUAGUUAAUUUAAAUUGCCCAUUGUUAUGGAAUACCUAUAAUGAUGACAAAAAGUUAAGCUCCCCACCCUUCUCCAUAAAAGAUUUUAUUUUUCUAGUAAAUUGGAUAAAAUUCUUUAGUGUUGAUGUAAAUUUUUUGCAAAGUUCACUUCACCGAAUAGGGAAGGGAGCCACCAGGCGAACUUGAUUAUGAAAUGCUUGUUGAAUGUUAAGGCUCACCUCGGUGCAGGUAGGUCAACUCCCCUGGUGGGUCAACUCCCCUGGUGGGUCAACUCCCCUGGUGGCUCAACUCCCCCGGUGAGUCAACUCCACGACAACAGUUAAAUAGACAAUCCCGUUACCUGAAUGAGCGGCUCUUGUUCCUCGUCGCGUUACCAUUAGUUAAGUGUUUAUCGUUAUUAUUGUUUUGUAAAUUAAAUAUAAUGUGAAUACAACCAGUUACGAUACUGCCAUCAAAUGCCUAAUUAGUUUUGAGAUAAUUUUGUUAAAGUUUAUUAAGUAAUUCGUUUUAAUUAAGUUAGUAGUGUUCGUGAAAUUAUAAUUUAGUUCAAUGAAUGUGAUACACAAACAGUAAUAGUUUAUUGGAUAAUUGAAAUGUUCCACGCUAUUUAGUGUCAUUUGUUUGUGAUAAAGCCCGCAGAGCCGCCACUAUUUCACAGUCAUUGGGCCACUAUUUAUUUAUAUUCUAAAUUUUUAUCAAUCUUUAUUAUAAAUUAUUAAAGACACCAUCAAAACGAAGGUGUAAAUUCUAAAGUCUGAGGUAAAGAUGCCUUUAUAGAUAUUUAAAACUAUAAUGACGAAAAUCGUAAAUUAUAAACUGUAAUGGUGAAUCGAGCGUCGUUUACUAACGUAAAUGUUUUUUUUUAAUAUAUAAUUAAUAAUGACACUUAUUUUGUUAGUAGUUUAGUGUAUUUUUAAGACACUAACGGUACUGUAUCGGAUGGAAAUUAGAGUGUAAGGAUGUUAUUGGCGUUGUACAAAGUUAGUAUUGAGAACCCUGUAUGUAUAAAUAAAAUUGGCGCAUUACUGGCGAGUACCUAAUUAGAGUAGGACACGAUAUGCCGCGGAGGCUCUACUAUAAACUGUACAUAGGAUAUACUUAGGGUUGCCACAACUCGCUUCAUCUUCGCCUGAAUUGCUGAUCGGUUCUUUCACUUUCCUAGCUCUACCUUAAUUUCACUAGAGAUGAUUACUUUCAAAUUUGACUGAACUUUGAGAAUUUUCAAUGAUUUGUUUCUGCUUGUUUAUAAUAUUUUAAUGUUUUGCAUUAGAUAGCUUGUGGCAUUACUGGAUCUAGGAUGUGUAGAGGAGUCACUCGGAGUAACUACCAACGUCCUUAGUCAAGUGCCGGUGGCGUAAGUGUGAGGCCCCAUUUGUGCGUUGCGCUGCGUUCUAUCGCGUCGUCCCAAAGAAACUGUCAUAAAAAAUACCUAAGUCUGUUCCUUUGGGACGACGCAAUGCAACGCAGCGCAACGCACCAA